AACCCCUACACUGGCAGGCUGUUCAGCGAGAACUACUAUGCGCAGCGCAAGCUCGCGAACCGUCUGCCGGUCUCGCUGCACAGAUCGGCGAUAGUUGACGCCGUCUGCCAGAACGAUGUUGUUGUGCUCGUAGGCGAGACGGGCUCAGGCAAGUCGACUCAGGUGCCACAGAUGCUCCUAGAGUCAGAUAUGAUUGUCAAGAGUGGCAAGAAGGUCGUGGUCACCCAACCGCGCCAGCUCGCAGCACAGAAGGUCGGCGAGCGCAUCGCAGAGGAAUUAGAUGUGCGCCUCGGCAGCACUGUUGGCGUGCGGCAUAGGGGUGUGAACAACACCACAGCCAAUGUCACUCGCCUGGAGGUCGUCACAGACGGCACACUGCUCGCUCUCGCAAAGAGCGACCCCGCUUUGUUAGAGUAUGGCGUUGUCAUAAUCGACGAAGCGCAUCAACAUACCAUGGCGACCGAUCUACUACUCGGUCUUCUGAAAAAUCUUUCCGGGAAGAAUGAUCUUAAGAUCAUUAUAAUGUCUGCUACAAUGGACGCGCAGGCGUUCACAAAUUAUUUUGAUCGAUCCGCACUGGUCGAAGUUCCCGGCAGGGAGUUCAAGGUGCACAUCAAAUACACUGCAGAUCCACCACAAGGUGAGGACAAGGAACUUGAGAUGCUUCUGGAUAUAAUCCUGCAGACGCACCUCAUGGGCCAGAGCGGCAACAUUCUGGUCUUUGUGUCUGGCGUAGGGAUGAUCAACAAGGUCAUUCAGAAAAUUGAAGAGGCGCUCAAAGAGGGCAGCAGCAGGGCCCGUUUCGCUCCGCAUGACAUUGGCACCCUCCAGUGCUACCCGCUUCAUUCGCAGCUUACUCCAGAGGCUGUCAGUGAAGCCGUAGAGUCUGUGCCGCCAACUCGAGCUGACAAAAUUUGCCGGAAGCUUAUUGUCGCGACGAACAUCGCAGAGACAUCCGUAACUAUUACUGGUGUCACGCAUGUUAUUGAUACCCUGAAGGUCAAGUCUCGAGUCUGGAAUCCGGCCAGCGAGAGCUAUUCGUUCAAGGAGCAGUACAUCAGCCAUGCUGUGGCGAAACAGCGCGCUGGCCGAGCUGGUCGUACUCGCGAAGGCGUCGCGUACCGCAUGUGUACACAGUUUGGCUUCGAGAGUGCCUUGCCACAGCAUUUCGUUCCCUCUGUAUCAGAGAGUGACAUGCUUUCUGAAUGCAUGGACAUUCUGAGUUUGGGUAUGUCGCCAAUCGACUUCCCAUACAUUGUGGCACCAGCAACUGAAACCGUUGUUCGGGCACUUGGUAUCCUCCGCGAAAUGGAUGCUAUAAACGCUCGCGGCACAGAAUUGACAUCUCGUGGCAAGUUAUUGUCGCGCCUACCCAUUGACAUGUAUCUCGCCGCGGCCUUGUUAGAGAGCCCAAAGCUUGGUUGCUCGGACGAAGUGCUUACGAUCGUAGCUAUGAUCGAAGCAUCAGAUGGCGGUAAUAGUCUCUUCGUCCAACCGGAUGGAAAUGAGGAAAAGGCGAAGCUUAAGAGCAUUCGCAAUGAGUAUUGUGGGCACAGCGGCGACCACGUUCUCCUUCUGAACGUUUACUUUGCGUGGAGGACUGCUUCGGACCCCAAGAACACAGCUGUCAACACUGACGAAUGGCUGCAGCAGAAUAUGCUUCGCGGUAGCGUGCUGCGAACUGCAGACAUGAUGCGCAAACAACUUCUCAACAUCUUACACACUUCAUUUCCUGAGUGGAAGUGUUGUUCCCUCGACAUGGGUGAACUCAGCUACUACCCGUGGAUUAUCCUAGCUCUCGCCCGCGGUGAGUUCAUGAAGGUUGCGCGUCGCUUGCCCACACAGACCAAGAAGGGGCCGAUGGUCUACCAGACCCUUCGGUACAACCACCGGGUCGAACUUCUAAAGAGCACCGAUUUGGGAGCACCAUCUCCGGCCAACGAAUGGGUCAUCUACCACGAGUGUCGUACCGGAGAGAAGAAAGACAGCAUAUUGCUUGUCUCGCCUGUUGUGCCAGAGAUGCUCAUCGCGGCCGUGCCCACCUACUUUAGUAACGUGGAGUUCUUUCCUGACGGACCCACGAAAACUGCCCUUGUCAAGAUC